UUAUUUUUUCUUUCUUUCCUUUUUUUUUUUUUCCCUGUAAAGAGCGUGUGCCCUUAGUGGUGGCGGUUUGGGGUGGGCGCCGCCGAGGUGAGGGGGUCUCGCCUCCCGCACGCUGGUAGAUUCUCGGACCCUAUCCCCCAGGUAGUCCGAGUAGGUUUGGAGUUGGGACCCAGGGAAGCCAAGUGCGGGCCUGGUGGUCAGAAUUCCCAAUGACCUCUUGUGUAUACCAGCUGUGAGACCAGUUGUUCCAUUAUGGAUGGAGGGGAUGAUGGUAAUCUUGUUAUCAAAAAGAGGUUUGUGUCCGAGGCAGAACUAGAUGAACGGCGCAAAAGGAGGCAAGAAGAAUGGGAGAAAGUUCGAAAACCUGAAGAUCCAGAAGAAUGUCCCGAGGAGGUUUAUGACCCUCGGUCUCUGUAUGAACGGCUACAGGAGCAGAAAGACAGGAAGCAGCAGGAGUAUGAGGAGCAGUUCAAAUUCAAAAACAUGGUAAGAGGCUUAGACGAAGAUGAGACGAACUUCCUGGACGAAGUCUCCCGGCAGCAGGAGCUCCUGGAGAAGCAACGGAGAGAAGAAGAACUGAAGGAACUGAAGGAAUACAGAAGUAAUCUCAGCAAAGUUGGAAUUUCUCCAGAAAACAAGAAGGAGGUAGAGAAGAAAGUGACUGUGAAAUCCAUAGAAACCAAGAACAAGUUCUCCCAGGCGAAGCUGUUGGCAGGAGCUGUGAAGCAUAAGAGCUCAGAGAGCGGGAACAGCGUGAAAAGACUGAAGUCGGACACCGACCCAGAUGACAAGAGUCAAGAAGCCCCGUCCUGCGUGCCUCUCGGAAGCACGUCCCUGAGCACCCCUUCCAUCCACUGCCCGUCCGCUGCCGUCUGUAUUGGCAUCCUCCCAGGCUUGGGCGCCUACUCUGGCAGCAGCGACUCCGAAUCCAGCUCAGACAGUGAAGGCACCAUCAACGCCACCGGCAAGAUCGUCUCCUCCAUCUUCCGAACCAACACCUUCCUCGAGGCCCCCUAGCUCCCGCGUCCCUCCCAGAGCUCCUGCCGGAGAGUAGACCGGACGGUUUGUUCUGCCUAUGGGCACCACCUCCCUCAGAACUCCUUUGCCUGCUUCCUGUGCACACGGUGACAUUUUUAACCUCACCUAAAAAUGUGCCAGAAUCCACUUUGGCCCGA